UAGCUGGGAAAGUUAUGUCUGGAAUUCCCGAAUACGUCACACGGGAACGUAUGGAGCAGAUCUUCAACGUGAAUGUAUUCGGGGCAAUACUUCUCAGGCCGUUUUACCUCAUAUGAAAACGACGAAAACUGGAAAAAUAAUUAUAGUUUCGAGCGCAUGGGGAAAAAUGGCUUCGCCAUAUGCGGAGAUCUACUGCUCUGCUAAAUUUGCAAUUGAGGGGUAUUUCGAGGGUCUAGCGGCGGCGUUACGUUCAUUUAACAUCAGAGUUUGUCUGGUAGAGCCCGGUAAGGUAAACACCGGCUUCGUUGACCCAUUCCACGUCGGACUUGUCUCAGGAGCCCAAGACGACACCGUAGACGACAUCGAUCGUCGUCAACUCCGUUAUCUGAAUGACCACGUCAAGGCAGCGCCAGGUGUCACGCCCGACGCGGUCGCCGAAGCGAUAACGACACGGUGUCUUGACGUCGACGAGCCCGUUUUUCGACAUCUUCUACCCGUUGAAGUUCUUGAUGAGGUCCCAACCGCAGCGGCUGACAUCACCGGCGAGACCGUCAUCGGCAUCUUGAGAAAGUCUAUUGAAAAUUAAGCUUAAAGGGAUCCGGUAACUUUGUCUUAUAUUCUAAAUAUGACAUGUAACAGCUUAAAAAUGAGGACCUAAUUUGUAUGCCACAUGUUUGUGUAGUCCCAUACACAUAUUUCUGUGUUUAGUGUUUGUUACUGUUACCAAGACAAUUCUUAUCACUUUAUGAUACCGCAUUCUGUCUGCCUGGUAGUACAAAAUGGCACGAAGAAGAGUAAUUAUUUAAAUCCAUCAUUGUCCAAAGGUUUAAUCAU